AUGGCAGCAUCCCCGACCUUGUCGACUGUUCCCGAGCUCCGGUACGAGGAGAUGACUGGAGAAGAGUUGGCACAGGAAGUGGCCAACCUGAGUGGAAUGACUGUCGAAGAGGUGAAGAGUGAUGGAGUGCAAACCUCACUGGUUGCACUGCACCUGUCUGCAGGAAUCCCGGACAACCGGGAAGAUUUGAUCAGACUGGCAACUGGCGAGUCAUUUGUUCGCCCGACUGCCUUUACGAGAGUGCACCCCGAUCCGAAUGCAGCCGGAGUGCUUGUGGUGGAAGUCCCACUGGGCACGAAUGCAGAUGAGGUAAUGGUCGCUGAAGUCACAAAUGGACCUCAGCAGAUUGACGCAGCACUGGGGAUCAGGACUGGCCCGAAUGAGGCCACCGCCUCGGCAGCUGUUCCUGCCGCGAAUGCUGCGAAUGCCUCGGAGACUGCAACUGCCUCGAUUGGGAGAUCGUGGACGGCUCCCCCGAUUGACUCGACGCACCUGAUGAGCGAGAAAGUGUGGGACCACACACUGUCAAGGAAUGGCAAAGUGAAUCGGGAAGUGUGUCACGCACUGAACCUGAUGAAUCUCGGCACAGAUUUGAAGAAGAUUUGGAGACGACUGGAUGACUAUGUCACUGUCGACAACCGAGAUGUGAAGGACAAGAUCGAGAAUGAUGCGUGCGAAAUGGCCAACAGAAUGAUGGAGGCACAGGUCAGACUGGCCGAAGCUGUUUACAAGAGAGAGUGGAGUGAGGAAUGCCCCAUUAUCUCCCUCCACCUGACGAAUGUCUCCAACAAUGUCAACCAGUGUAUGCUGGAGACUGGCUGGUUCGCAAUGACCAAGGCGGAGAGAAUGAUUUGGUCCCACGUCUACGACUGGAUCCUACUGCCAUCGAGCAUUGGCCAGCACUACUUUGAGACUGGCGAGAUUGAUCUGAGCAGGUUUCCCUGCCACCAGUUGAAUGGCAGUUUCUGUGCACUGACGGCAAUGAGGAAGACUGUUCAAUGGUUCUGCCAGGGAGUGUUCGACGAGAAUGCCCCGUAUGAAAGAUUGGUCUUCUUGGCGCGCCGGAGAUCGACUGCCGAAGCCGCCAGAGAGUGGACUGGCGUUACCACUGGUGCAAAGAAAAUGAAACUGGCGAAUUAUUUUAAUCGCCAAUUCACUGGUCACAUCAGUACCCAGAAUGGCGUCCAUGUGGAGAAUGAGGAGAAGAAUGUUCCAAGCCGAUGGACCUGGACUGUCCCGAGUGAUGCGUCCAGAAUGAGCAUGGGCAUCAUCCGAAUGACAAUGGACGAUCCAAUGAGCUAUGCCCAGAGUGGCCACCAGCUCCUCUGUCUAUCUGAAAUGAUGGACUGGAAUCGACUGGCCACCCUUCCGCACAGAUUGGAGCAUGAUUGUUCCACCUGGGACGAAAUGUAUGGAGAGGAUGAUGGCGAAGACCCGAAUGUUUGGAAUGCCCCGGCCUCUUCCUCGACUGCGGCACCGAAGAAGACUGCGGGAACAACAUCGCAGGGAUCCUCGGCGACUGUCCUCGCACAGGUCGCGAAUGCUUUGAGCCCUGGAGCGGAAGUUGUUCUCCGCAUGAAUGCGAAUGCCAAGGCCGUCAAGAAGUGA